AUGCGCCACCAUCUGAUGGUGGGCACCUGGACGCCCCCAGGCCGCAUCUACACCAUCGAGUUUGACGAUGAGGCCCUGACGCUCAAGCUGAUCAAGAAGACCGACAUCCCCGAAGAUGAGCCCAUCUCGUGGAUGACCUUUGAUAAAUGGUCGAGCUUCGCCGUCCACAGCCCGACUGAGAUUGUCCAUGAGGCAUCACAUCCCAUGGGCGGACACCCACUCGCCUCGUCCGCCGACACCAACACCCGCGCCAUCUUCGUCCUGGCGGCCCACAAACCCCCGUAUAAUGUCUACGGCAACCCCUUCUACGACUACGCCGGCUACGGCAACGUCUUCUCCGUCACCGAGACCGGCAAGAUCGACCGCAACAUCCAGAACUUCGAGCUACUCCCCAACUCGGGUAUCCAUGGCAUGGUCUUCGACCCGACGGAAACCUACCUCUACUCGGCCGACCUGCGCGCCAACAAAAUCUGGACGCACAAGAAGGACCCGGAGACGGGCACGCUGACGCUGGUCGACUGCAUCGACGCCCCGUCGCCCGACGACCAUCCGCGCUGGGUCGCCAUCCACCCCACGGGCAACUAUCUCUACGUGCUCAUGGAGAACGGCAACCGGCUGGCCGUGUACGUGAUCGACGAGCACCGCCAUGUGCCCGUGUUCACGCGCCUGACCUACCCGCUCAUCCCGCCGGGCCUGCCGCCGCGCAACAAGUACCGCGCCGACGUCGUCUUCCCCUCGCACAGCGGGAAAUACCUCUUCGCGACGUCGCGCUCCAACCACUUCGACGUGCACGGCUACAUCAGCGCCUUCAAGCUGGGGCCCGCCGGCAACAUCGAGAAGCAGCUGUUCAUCAACCCGACGUCGACCAGCGGCGGCCACUCCAACGCCGUCAGCCCGUGCGACUGGAGCGACGAGUGGCUGGCCCUGACCGACGACCAGGAGGGCUUUGUCGAGAUCUACCGCUUCCGCGACGAGUUCCUGGCUCGUGUGGCCAGGGUGGAUAUUCCGGAGCCGGGAUUCGGUAUGAACGCGAUUUGGUAUGAUUAG